AUGAUAGAAGUGUAUGGUCCCCCCAGAGCAUAUAGUGCACGAUCUGUCGAUAGGGCAAUUAUGAAAUACUCGCAAGCAAUAAAGAGUAAUUUGGCAAUUGGAAUCAACACUGGCAACAUCAUGUUUGGCUUGACACAGAUUCGACAGAUGAGAGUUGAAAAUUCAACAAUGACAACAGCAACAGUAACAGCAACAACUCUUCUUCAGUAUGAUAAUCCCUCUGCUGGUUGGCCAAUUGACCAAGAAGGUAGUAAUGUUGGUACUGAUUCUGACAUUGAGUUCUGGGGGCCUUUGAAGAACAGAAUGAUUGUUGAUAGUUUUGGAGGCAUUUCUUGUUUUCUAGAGCUUCUUCAAAAGUUCUACGAAUCAAAGGGAAAAGAGUGUAGUAUGAUUGAAGCAGCCAUUAAAACAAAACUUCUACAAGAUUUCUUUGGGAAGGUUGUCAUUGUCUUUGAGCACAAGCUCAACAAUAAGAGGUGGUCGCUUGUCCUUGUCAAUGUUUAUGCAGUUCGUUUGGUAAAUAGUAUACCAGCAAUCAACAAUGGGCAAAUGAAGCCAAUAGUAGUUCACCUGGCAGAUGUCACACAAUUAGUUGGUUUGGUGAAGUUGAACACAACUAUAAACACAAUAACAAUAACAGCAACAGCAUAUGUAGUGUGGCCAGAUCUUAACCAUGGCCCAAAACUGUCACUUGGUUCUCUUGCAGACUUAUAA